GGGAAACACUCAUCAACGGGACAGCCGGCUAACAGGGCCGUUGAACAUCGGAUGCCGAGGAGUACGGUCGGUCCACUCUCAUUGCUUACAUACACGAUGGAGGACCGAAACAUUCAGGAACGGUCGGAGAUGGCCAAUCCAGAUGGUACAGGCGCCCUGAGAGCGCGCUGACUGCGGCUCGAGGUCGUCCGUAAUUGAAGUGGUAUUCACCGAGACUCCCACCGCAAUUAUCGCGCUAGCGUCGCUCCACAUCUCGUGCAGGCCUCGAGGAUGCUCCUGCAUGGUCCAAUGCCCCUGGCGCGGCGAAAGAACGAUCGCACGGCGCUCAGCCAAGGCCGUUCUUGUCUGCUCGCAGCUUAGUCGUAAGACGGACGUGUGCAAGGCCGCGUUAUCGCUGAGGCAUCCAAGUGUGCUUGAGGAACGCUCGCUGCGUACCCAGCGAGGCGACGAUUAUUCCUUCUUAGUCACUAGGCCCGCCGCCCGACGUCGGCGAAGACGGGUGUCGCGACCACGGCUCGUCUAUCGACUGACAAACGCCUUGUACAUUGAUCGAUGUCCAUCGAAAGAACGAACGUGCCGUUACAACAUCAGGGCGAUAGGGAGGCGCGAAGACGCGAACUCGCACUGGGACGCGCGGGCCAAUUGCAAGCGCGAUGGAGCCCGCGACGAGACGCUCGGCCGCACGCUGGUUGGCCGUUGAGCACAUCUCGACCGCCCCGUCCCGCGACUCCAUCAAUGCCCGGCGGUGCGGCGUGCCAUGCCAUAACAUGACGCGAAUAAGGAAGCGCGUUCCUUGAGGUUUGGAAUCGGAUUCUAAUCUGUUGUAUCUUCCAGCACCUCGCCGCAUCUCCAUCGCGCGCUCGUCAUAUAAAUAUUGUCCCCAUGCCGCGCAUAUAUCCACCCUCCUCCAGUCCGUCUCUGUCCUGUAUCCUUGCUCCCGCCCUCGCUCCGCUCAUACGCGACACGCAUCCUUGUGCAACCUUGCGGCCGCCUAUAGCCCCCCAGCGAAAAAGACAAUGAGGUCCUUCACACUCGUCAUGGCGGUCAUCGCCUUCCUCGUCGCGACCGUCGCCGCCGCGGCAGCACCCGGCACGAACGCAGAGCGCAUGGCUCGCGGCCUCCCUCCCAAGGCGCCGCGCAAGCUUUACCGCAAGGACCCGACCCCCGCAUCGCCCGCGAGGAGGAGCACGCCCUCUGGCUCGCCGAGUUCGUGCUCGACGGGGCCCGUUCAGUGCUGCAACACCUUGACUACCGCAAGCGACCCCCUUGCGAGCGUCAUCCUCGGCCUCUUGGGCAUCAUCCUUGGGCCCGACGUGGCUGUCGGUCUCACCUGCUCGCCCAUCUCGGUCAUUGGCGUUGGUGGUGGUUCCUGCUCGGCGAACACGGUGUGCUGCGAAAACAACAACGUGGGGGGCCUCAUCUCCAUCGGUUGCAUUCCGAUUAUCCUGUAAGCCGGGGAGGUCGUUGUUCCUGGAAGCGAGUAAGCGGGAGCGCAGCCUAGCUCGCCUUCGUCUCGAUCGGACACCACUUUAGCUCUCAUAGACGCUUUCUGCUUCGCUGUAGGGGCGGCCGAUGUCAACGGAUCCGAGACUCGUCAGAUGCAGUGCUCGUCGGAUAUUAUCUGUCCCUUAUGGCUUCUAUAUGCCUUCCGCUCAUUGUUUGUUCGUUCCGGAAUUAUAGACCCGCGUAGCGUACAGACGCAGACACCUCGUACUCACCGCGCGUUUAACAUGUGCUCCCUGCUGUGCGCCAUGCAGCGUCGCUGUCAUCGAGUGCGAUUGUACUGCAAGUUCCGCGAUAGUUGCUACUACUAUAGUGUGUUCUCCCGAAUUGACGCAUCUUACCC